UCUGUCAGGUCGCCGGCUCGACGAUGGUUGCGGAUGAUGGCGACGAGAUUGAGCUCCUGCAAAAUAGUCUUUGGAUUACUUCGUCAUUUGUAUCUUUUUGUAGUUGUUUGUCACGUUUCUCACUGUCAUCUUUGUAGGCAUCGUGUCCCGACUACUUCUGAGGUAGUUUAUGGAGUUCACCUGGAAUCGGAUCGAAUAGUCAAGAGAAGCACUGAUCAACAGUUAAGGAUUAAAGUUGUCUAUGAUUCAAGUAUAGAUAAUUUGGAUCCAGAAAAAAAAGAACUAGUUAAGGACAAGCUUUUUCCACGAGCCAUUGACUAUUUGCAAAAAGCUUUUCAAGUUCGUAAGCAUGCUGGUCCCAUUCUACUUGGCAGACAAUGUGCUACUAAUCUGUAUCUGAGAAAAAAAGAUGAUCCUCACAGAUAUUGCCAGGGUGCUUGUGCUGAAAACAGUUAUUGUGGACCAAUUCUUGUACCAAAGGAACAUCUACAGCAAUGUAUGGUGUGUGCUGAUAAUGGAAAGUACUGGGGGCCAAGAGGUCAACCAGAUGGUGUAGGCAUUUUGGAUGCUGACUUUGUACUCUAUGUGAGUGGCAUAACAACAGAAAGGUGUGGACAAGAAAAUAUUGUGGCUUAUGCUGCUUACUGUCAACUGGAAGAUGCAUUAGACAGACCAGUUGCAGGAUACGCCAAUCUUUGCCCAAAUAUGAUUUCUACUCAGACUCAGGAAUUUAUAGGCAUGUUAUCCACGGUGAAACAUGAAAUUAUCCAUGCAUUGGGUUUCUCUGCUGGCCUCUUUGCUUUUUAUCACAGUGAUGAUGGAAAGCCUUUAACACGAAGGAAUGCCAAUGGAUUGCCACCAUUUAACGAAAGUCUAGGGUUGUAUCAAUGGAGUGACAAAGUAGUACGCAGUGCUACAAGACUCUGGGAUAUCAGUGGUAACAGGAGAUUGCGUCACGAUGUGUACCUUCUUGUAACUCCACAUGUUGUUGAGGAAGCUAGGAAGCAUUUUGCUUGCCCUAUCCUAGAGGGAAUGGAACUUGAGAACCAAGGUGGAAUGGGUACAGAACUUAAUCAUUGGGAAAAAAGAUUACUUGAGAAUGAAGCAAUGACAGGAUCACAUACACAGAACAGGGUAUUUUCUAGAAUAACACUAGCGAUUAUGGAGGACACUGGAUGGUACAAAGCUAAUUAUAGUAUGGCAGAACGGCUGGAUUGGGGAAGAGGAAUGGGCUGUGAUUUUGUAAUGAAGAGCUGCAAGUUCUGGAUAGAUCAGCAACGACAAAAAAACCAAAAACUUGUACCCUAUUGUGACGCUCUGAGAUCCACUCCUUUGCAGUUAACAUGCAGGCAAGACCAGAUGGCUGUGGCAGUGUGCAAUCUACAGAAAUAUUCAAGGAGUAUACCACAGGAGUAUCAGUAUUUUGAUAGCAUACCUGGUGUAGCAGCUCGAGAUUUGCCUUACUAUGGUGGCUCAGUGGAGAUAGCCGAUUACUGCCCAUUCACUCAGGAAUUUAGCUGGCAUCACAGUGGGGAAUUUCAAAGAACUUCUGACUGUAGAAUUGUGGAAAAUCAACCAGGCCCAUCCAGAAAUUAUGCUGCUGAAACGUACAGCCCAGAAUCCAUCUGCUUGCAUCAGAGAACACCAUUUGUGAUGGAGCAGUGUACAAGAAGAAUAAUUUAUCCUGACUGGGGAAGUGGCUGCUACAAGAUCUCCUGCUCAGCGCAAGGCCUUACUGUUUGGGUUCACGGUACUCGGCAUCUAUGCAGUCGUGCAGGACAAAUUUUAAAUAUUAAUAUUCAAAUGAAUCAUUGGGUAUAUACAGGAAGUCUUGUUUGCCCUUCCUGUUUUGACUUCUGUAGAGCAUGCCCUCCUGAACAUGAUCCUCCACCAGCAAAUGCAUCCAGAAGCAUACCUUUAGAUCCUUGCUCAAGCUCAGCUGGAUUGGUGGUGACAUUGUGGUUGCUGAUUAUUAAUGUCGUUCCUGUGCUUGUUGGAUUCCUGCUCUGUGCGUAGAAUAAAUAUUUAGAACUCACUGGUGAGCAGAUCAACGUUGCACUUAACUUUUUGCACCAGAACACUGCCAGGAGUUUUUCUUGCAUGGAACAAUCUUAAACAACUUAAAGAAACCUAAGGAACCUUCUUCAUAUCUAAGGAUGUCUGUCAACUGUUGUGAUCUAUUUUUUUAGUGACUUUGAAAAUAAUCAAGUGCCAGUAUCAUGUAUACAAAAAUGGAAAUGAACAAUACCUCAGUAAAUUUAAAGAGUAUUAACCAGAGAUAUUUAUUUGGUGCUGUCUUCUGCACCAAUAAACAAACUGAUUUUUUUUUUUUUUAUUUUAAAUGGCAUAAUUGAAAUGUUUUUGUAUAUACAUAAGAAUUAAAUUGUAAAGGUUGAUAUUUUCCAGAGAAGUUUGGUGGAUAACAACGGUUUGUUCAUGAUACCAGGCUUAGAUGUGAAAGUGGGCUCUUAGUGAGUGAAAAAGUGGUGAGUACAUUUAUGGAAAUACUUGUAGGUUCUGGUAUCUUUAUUUAUUUAAAAAAUAUGUGGCCAUAUUUUUACUUGGCUUUCUCAUAUCCACUCAAACCACUUCAGGUUUUCUUAGGUUUGGGGCCUAUCCACAGUAUGUUGUAUGUCCGGCGCAAAGCAUUAACCAGUCUUGGACAAGAAUCUUUUACUGGCACAUCCACAUAGGAACAAUUCAGAAUGGUCAGCUAAUGUAACGCACGCACGCACGGGCACACACACACACACACACACACACAGAUACGUUUUUGGUAUGUGAGAGGUAAACCAAUGUAGCAUUUGUCAAAACUCCCAGAAAGUACAGAGACCCGGCUGUGCGCUUGUGACGCAACUAACUUAGCGUCCUUCAAUCAGUAGGUUCAGUACACAGAUAUAAAGAAUAGUAAAGAUAAAAUAUAUAACAGUGAGAAAAAUGUACAAAGUCCACACAGACAGCAACCAUGCUUGAAAUUAUCAUAGGAGGCUGACUCUGAGACAGCAGUGCAAAUAAUGCGUCCCCAUGCGCCCUCUUAAGCCGAUGUCAUAUUAUGUGACUUCUACUCAGAGAGGGAUAUCAGACUAGACCAGUGUUUCCAAACCUUGGUCCUGGGGACCCACCUUCUCUGUGACUGCAGGUUUUUGUUCCAACCAGAUUCCAAAUCAGUGACAACACCUGAUAGCACUGAUCUCAUUUAAUUAGCUGUUAUUAUUUUUCUUUUAUUCUACAUUCAGAAAAGCACAGCAGCAUGAUUUUUACAUUGAUAAAGACAUUUAGAAAUAGUUGUGCUUUUGCUAUCGAUUUAAAUACUUAACUCUCUUUUGUUGAUUGCACAGAGAAAGAGCAAAAUAUAAUGAAGUUUUUCCCCUUCAUUGUAUCUUAUUAAUGACAAUUGAAAAUGAGCCAGGCAGACAUGCUGGCAAACAACAGUGAAUAAUCAAAGGCUGCAAGUACUUUAGCAUCAGACCCACUAAUUAGUAAAUACUGGAUUAAUGAAACAAUUAGAACACCUACAAAGUAGAAUGAAAAUCAAGAUGAACAUAUUGUUAAAAAGAAAAAAUACAUUAUUCCCAUAUAACUGCU